AAUUACUUGACAGUCACGCAAAAAAAGUAUACUUAUUAGUAUCAUGAAAUGAGGCUAAUCAGAAAAUAGUAAUGUUUAAUCGACAGGUGAUAUUUUCAAGCUUUUACAACCGUAAACGUAGAAGUCACACACAUAAAGGACACAAAAUGAGGCAGAGAGAAAGAUAGUUUGACACUAAUUUCGGCAAGAUCUAAACAUGGCUUCGGGUGGCUCAUCAUUAGACAGUACAGGGAGCAAUGGAACGCUGUCCAGAAGCUAUACAGUGUCCAAUAAUGACAGAAGUAACUCAUCUGGGGUUGCCUCUGUAAGAGACUAUGAUGGCCUUAAGCAACAAUGUGACAAAGCGAUGCAUGAACUCCAACUACUCAGGAGGCAACACAGUGAAACUAUACGAAGAUGUGAUCACACAAUGAAAGAACUCGAAUACUACAGGGGUCAACAUUUGGCAGCAAUGAAUCAGCUGGAAGCUGCUGCUCAAGAGUCUUCAACUCUAAGGCAUAAAUACAGUGAUCUGGCAGCAGAGAAACAACGUUUAGAUAGAGAAGUACAGAACUUACAGAAGGAAGUAACGGAACUUCGAUGUCAGCAACAGGAGGUGAUAGUGAGUGAGGGUGGUACAAAUGAUAGCUUAAAUCAGCAGUAUUUCAAUGCACUGAGGAAGUACGAGGCUGUGAAGGAUGAGUAUGAUGCCUUGAGAAAGCGAUAUGAUGAUUUGCUCUCCUCCCAUUCUACUGCUGUGAGCAAGCUAGAACUGGCACAGGAAGAAGUUGGAAGGUUUAAAAAGCAGUAUGAAGAAGUUGUGCAAGAAAGAAAUGCUGCUGUUCGAGAAAGAAAUGGUCUAAAACAACAAUGUACAGCAGCAAUCCGUCAAUGGGAUAUGGCUCUCAGGGAGAGAAACGAAUAUCGAGAGGCUCUUGCUAAGGUUCAGCAACAACAUGAGGAGGCUGUGAAGGAAAUUAACCAAGCCAUGGCUGUUCGAAUGAAGGCAAGUAAAGACCUGAAAAGACUCACAGAAGAGCGGAAUGCUGCUAUGCAGGAGUAUUCUCUCAUCAUGAGUGAACGAGACACUGUUCAUAAAGAAAUGGAAAAGCUGUCUGAAGACCUUACAGAAGCCUUUAAGAAGUACAAGACCCUUGAAGGAGAAAACAAGGAAUGUAUGGAAAAGAAAAAGGCCUUGUCAUACCAAGUUGAAACACUGAAAAGAGAAAUUGCGUCAGCCUUGCAUGACAGGGAUAGAGCACUGAAGGAAUGUAAUGAUCUCAGAGAAAAGUUCGGUGGGUAUACUGUAAAAGAUGAUUCAAACAGAGAAGGUUACAAAAGCAGGCUGGAAUAUCAUACAUACAGUCGAGAAAGGGACAAUACUAGAAAGGACCAAGCAGAAGUGUCAACGAGCACAAGGGACAUGUAUGGGAAAUCCCAAAAAGAAAGAAUGGAUAACCUAGAUCAAGCAAAUAUAGAAAUUGAUAGACUGCGCAAGCAGAUCGAUAAACUGCAAGCUGAACUUCAAGAGGCUACUCAAGAGGCUGAAGUGUCAAAACGGCGUCGGGACUGGGCCUUCAGUGAAAGGGAUAAGAUAGUAUUGGAAAGAGAGAGCAUAAGGACACUCUGUGACCGACUGAGAAAGGAGAGGGAUAGAGCAGUCUCUGAUCUGGCAGAGGCAUUGAGGGACUCUGACGACAUUAAAAAGCAGAGGAAUGAGGCUUCCAAGGAGUUGAAAGACUUGAAAGAGAAAAUGGAAGCAGAACAGGAGAAGGAAACAAGAAUGCAACAGUUCCAUGCAAUGGGCCAUAAUCAUAGUCAUGAUUCUGCAAUUGAUGCUGACAUGCAAGAGUGGGAAACUGAGAUAUUGGACAUUGAUCUGAGUGGUUUGGCCUCUGAUGAUGAUCUUGGAUUUGAUCUCGUUGGUGGUAGAGAUGAUCCCCAGUACCCAAAUGACAGUGGAAUAUAUGUAUCAUCAAUCACAAAAGGCUCAGUGGCAGAUGGCAAGCUGAAAGUACAUGACUGUAUCAGUCGUGUUAAUAACUUGGACUGCAGCAAUGUAAGCAAGCGUAUGGUGGUUGAGACAGUACGCUCAAGUGGUGGCAUUGCCAGCAUGGUGGUGCGGCGAAGACGAAUUGGGGGCCGCUGUCUGUACACAACACAGUUGCAGUUGAAUAUGACAGACCAUGGCCUCAUGUUGGAAACUGGUAUUUACAUAUGCAAAAUUACACCCGGCUCUGUAGCAGCAAAAGAGGGAAACUUAGCUGUUGGAGACAGAGUGCUCAGUAUUAAUAACAAGACAAUGGAUGGCUUUAAAAGUGCUCUUGAAGCGAUGGCCAUAUUGGAUGAGCCUACAGAUAUCAUCACCAUAACAACAUUGAAGGCCUUAUCAUCUGUGAAUUGUUCUCACUCAUGUGGUCACAUGCUGAGUAUUGAAGAAGAGAGAGGGUAUUUUGGUUCAUCUAAUUCAUCAUCCAGAGCAUUAAAGGAAUCCCCCAGUAAUGCACAGAAGAUGGUAAAUCGCUGUUGCCAGACUGAAGGAGAAAAACUUUAUGUGACAAAUCCAUCUCAGGGUGAAGAUUUUGUGUCAGACAGGAGGUAUAUAAAUACUACUUUUGGGAUAGGAGAGAAAGCUGUGUACAAGGUGACUCCUUCUCCUGUGGAGAAAGGAGGAAAUUCUAGGGCUUGGGAUAUGGUACGAGAAACUAUUGACAUGGUCAGAGGCCGAAAACAUGCCAAAGACAGGAAUCACGACUUGCCUGAAGAGAAAAAGCAUCGCCAGAAUCAGUCCCCCAAUACUUUUGAGCGAGAGCAAGAUGAUGCACUGGCAGAACUGGAUUCUGUCAUUGAAAGUUACCACGGAAAGCCAGUGACAUUAAAACGUAGCAGGCGACGUGCGGGUAAAGAGGCUGAACGUAAUGGAGGAACUUGGCCAAAAGCUCGAAAUGGCCCCAUUAUUGAGCAUACCACAGGCACUAUUCUCCAUCCUCGAAGACAUAAAGAAAGGUUACCUCUCGCUGCACUGUUGAAUGAUCCACCAAAAUACUGUUGUCCACCAGCAGACACCUCCCAUGAAAGGACAGCCUCUUGCACUGCUGGUUCUUCCAAUUACAAAGCAAAUUCUCCUGACAAUGCAAAUAUUCACUACAGUAAAUCAAGUCAGCUGCUUUCAGGUCAGAAAUCAUUUACUCCUGCUCCAUUUAAGGAGCUACUCUGUGAAAAAAAUGAUAGGAUUAGGGGACCAUCAGAUGCUAGCAUUGAUUUGUCUGUGAAAUCUGGGAAUGUGGGGAAAGAGGUGAUGGAAUAUUAUGUGAAGAAGAAAAAGUAUCCACCAAGUGACAGUGAAGAUUCCCACAGCCGUAUACAUUCCCAGUUGUAUGGUGCUGUUAGGUCAUAUCCGUUUAACCCGUAUCCAGUUGCACAUCAUCAUCCACAUCCCCAUACAGAAUCAACUGCCAACAGAUACCCAUCUCCAACAUUGCUUCCUUCAUCACAGAGUGGUGAAUCUAUUGGAAUGACAGAUAUGAGAUCAUAUUGCUUUGAACCUUCAUAUGCUCCACCAUCGCAGGGUUUUCAUCACACUCACUCUCCAUCUGUAGAUCUUCCUUAUAAACCACGACCAGUAUUGCCAGCUCAUUCACAUCCAGGAUAUAGAGGGAAUGAUGACAUGAACAUUGGCUAUUCGUGCUGUGAGGGUGGAACAUUCCCACGGAAAAAAGAAAAUCAGAGAAUACGAAUCCCAUCAAACCCCAGUGUGACAAGCAAAAGCAGUGCAGGAAAAGUAUCAACUGGCAGCAUUGAAAGAGCUUCAGACAGAGGCAGUCCGAUGCCGACAUUUCUGGUAGAAGUCUUGAGUCCUGGUCAUAGAGAAAACAAGAGAAAUUCUUUGCCUGACUAUUGUUAUUCACGGAAACCUGCACCUGGAGAAUUGAGAAGAGUGCACAUAGAUAAAUCAGCUGAACCGUUAGGAAUUCAGAUUUCCUGUUUAGAAAGUGGCGGUGUGUUUGUAUCUACUGUGAGUGAGCAUAGCCUGGCUUCACAAGUUGGUUUGCAGGUUGGAGACCAGUUGCUUGAGGUGUGUGGCAUAAAUAUGCGGAGUGCCACAUACCAGUUAGCAGCUAGUGUUCUUCGGCAGUGUGGAAACUCUAUUACUAUGCUGGUGCAGUACAGUCCAGACAAGUACCACGAGCUAGAGGGAUCGGUAAGUUCUAGUAGUGAUGAGAGUCCAUCCCAUUCUGGCUCGCCUACACCAUGCAAUUCUCCUGACACAACCCGUAAGCCUACACCAUUGCAGUUGGGGGAAUUGCCACCAUCUGCAAUCUGUAAUCUCCGUAGUGGUACGACACCAUCAGGUCAUGGGACCCUAACCAGAAGCAAAAUUGCCCAAGCUGUUUCAUCUCUCACACGUCAGAAUGCUACCACCAGAAGCCCAGAUGAUGCAAAUAAGAUUCCGGUUCGUGAACCUCGGUAUCUUUUUCUUGAAACAAGAAAAAGCAGUCACUUGGGUGUGAGUUUGGUGGGUGGAAAUGCUGUUGGCAUCUUUGUUCAUGGUGUGCAGCCAGAUUCUGUGGCCCAUAAUGCUGGUUUACGGACUGGUGACCAAAUUUUAGAAUAUAAUGGCACUGACCUUCAGCAUGCAACAGCAGAGGAAGCUGCAUAUGAACUGGCCAAACCAGCUGAUAAGGUCACCAUCCUUGCUCAAUACAACAUUGACAGAUACAAUGAAAUAAGAGACAAACCUGGUGACAGCUUUUAUAUACGAGCCAUGUUUGAUCGGAUGGGAGACAUGGGAGAUCAACAUCAGUUGCAGUUCCACAAAGAUGAUGUGCUUUAUGUUGAUAAUACAAUGUUCAAUGGUGUUCCUGGCCAUUGGCGAGCUUGGUUUGUUGGUGAAGAUGGCCACAUGCAGCAGUGUGGCAUUAUUCCCAGUAAAUACAAAGUAGAUGAAGAAUUACUUCUUCGACGCAGUGUUGGUGACUUGGAGGGUGAUGCCAGACGUGGUACAACAUCUGCUCGGCGGAGUUUUUUCCGCCGUAAAAAGCAUCAGCGAAGCUCAUCUCGUGACUCUAAAGAGCUUGCUAGCUUCUCCAACAUUAAUUUGGGAUGGUAUAGUGACUCUGGAACUCUGAAUGAGGAAGUAGCUCUUUGUUCAUAUCAGCGGGUCGAGAGGCUAGAUUAUCCUGUGUUCAGACCAGUGCUGAUAAUGGGACCUCUUGCUGACUGCGUUAUGGAGAAGCUUAUUCAAGAUUUUCCAGAUAAAUUUACUCGUUGUAUUCCAGAAGUGAUGCAAUGUCCACAGUCAGUAAUGGAAAAAGGAAUAGCAGAAAAUUUAUUUGUGGACUACAGAAAGAAGGGCAGCUAUUUUGAAUGUACAUCUGUUAAUGCUGUGAAAGAAAUAUGUGAUAAGAAUACCCAUUGUAUUCUUGACAUAAGCUUGACUUCAGUGGAGAGACUUCAUCGCCACCAAAUAUACCCCAUUGUUCUAUUAAUAAAAUUCAAAUCAACAAAACAGAUCAAGGAGGUCAAAGAUACUAGGUAUCCAAUGGAAAAGGUUUCAGCAAAAGCAGCGAAAGAAAUGUAUGAACAUGCUUUGAAACUGGAAGUCGAGUAUCGACAUCUUAUCUCAGCUGUGAUUCCAGCUGGUGUGAAUGUGGCCUACAUGUGCACACAGAUCAAGGCAGCAGUGGAUCAAGAACAGAAUAAGACGCUGUGGGUUCCUUGUGGAACAUUGUAGAUCUGUGCUUGUCAGAUAUUGAGAACUGUUACUGAUGAUGUUCCCUUACGGAAUUUUUAUCUAGAAUAACAGUCAGAUUCUGACAUGAACAUUGUGUUAGUAUUUAUUGUUUAAUAAUAAUAAAUAGGACUCAAUAACAUUGAGUCGUAUUAUAAAAACUGUUACCAGUUCUCUUUGAAUUCUCAUGGAUGUGUAGAAGUGAUUUUAUCAUAAAGGACGUAGUAAUUUCAGAUAAAUGCUCUACAAUAAGAAUAAAUUAAGGGUAGAGGAGUAUUAACAGUUUCAUGUCUGUCAUUUGUUUGUGUUGCCAUGAACAUCUGUAUCCUGGUUGCUUUACAUUUCUGCAUUUUUGCCUAUCUGUGGGAUGUUAACCUGGUGGUGUCAAACUACCACAAAUGCUCUUCUAUAAUUUGCCCUGUCAUUAUUCUUGCUCUUUGUUUCCCUUUUAUUGCAUUAGUGUAUAUAAUUAGACAAAUUUCACAUCACGAAUUGAAGAUGUGUGUCACAUUAAUGUUAUCAGUUGUUAUUAUUAAUCCCAACAGCCUCCAAAUGAUCCACCUCCAUUAUUUUUGGUGAAGAAUACUCAUCUAGAUUUCAGUGACAGGGUAACAAAUGAAGAUUACUUUGAGACAGAUUGUGCCCAGUUGGACAUUUAGUUCAGUAAUCAACAUUUUUGGGCACUAAAUGUCUGUAGCUUCUGUAGCUGUAUUAUUCAUGGAUAAUUGUUAUUGAUGUACCAUAUUCAGUAACAUUUAAUAUUGUCUGCAGUGUAUGAAGCUUUAAUGCAUCAUAAAUUUUUGGCUUUCAAUCAGUAACUGCAAUAAUUUAAUACCUGUGUGGUCAAAAUUCUGUGAAAGAUGUCUAGAUCCAGAGGUUCUCCCAAAAAAAAAAAACAA